AUGGAAUCUGAUUACGAGAAAAUCAAUCAGAGACUUCCAGAAUUCGAAAGGACAAUACAAGCUUGUGCUGUAGAAGGCGAAGUCGAAUGCCUCAGAGCUUACUCCACGUGCAAUUCGAUAUUCAAUAGUAUCCUCAACAUUGCUGGAGAUAUCAAUUACUAUGACAUAAGGAAGCAAUGUGAAGGGAGCCUCUGUUAUGAUUUUUCCAACUUGGAGAAAUUUCUGAAUCUGAAAUCUGUCAGGCAAGCUCUUGGAGUUGGCAACAUUGAAUUCAUCUCAUGCAGCCCUACUGUGUACUCCGAAAUGCAAGCUGACUGGAUGAAGAAUCUAGAAGUUGGUAUCCCAUCUCUUCUUAAUGAUGGCAUCCAGUUACUAGCUUAUGCCGGGGAGUAUGACUUGAUAUGCAACUGGCUUGGUAAGUGCCCUAUUGUGCUGAACUCAGAAUUCCACUUUUUGUGA